GUUUGAGCAAGCUCUGUCCUGCCCCCACAAACAGCACAUCCUACAAAAGCAGAAACCUCCUUCAAACUCAACCCUCUCAUCACUUUCUUCCCUUUCACAAUAUUCUUCCACCACAUGGGCAUGGCCCCCCGCCACCUCCUCCGCCUACUCCACCUCCUAGCCUACCUCCUCCUCUCCUCCGGCGAUGACUCCUCCGUCAUGCUCAGCCUCCUCUCCUCCCUCUCACCCGCCCCCUCCGGCUGGUCCUCCUCCACCCCUUUCUGCGACUGGUCCAACGUCAUCUGCGACUCCACCUCCUCCUUCGUCACCUCCAUCAACCUCAACUCCGCCUCCGUCUCCGGCUCCCUCCCCUCCACCCUCAACCUUCUCUCCAACCUCCAGUCUCUCUCUCUCCAAAAGAACUCCCUCUCCGGCCCCCUCCCCUCCUUCCAGAACAUCUCCUCCCUCCAGUCACUCUACCUCGACGACAACCGCUUCUCGGCCGUCCCGGAAAAUUUCCUCUUAGGCCUCCCAAAUCUCCUAUCCUUCAGCAUCAGCGAUAACUUCAAUCUCCCUCCAUGGCAGAUCCCGCCUUACCUCACUGAAAGCACUAAUCUCGUCUCCCUCUUCGCCAGCAACGCUAGCCUCACCGGCGCCAUCCCCGACAUCUUCGCGUCGCUGCCCAAUUUCCAAAAGCUGCAGCUGUCGUACAACAACCUCACCGGACCCCUCCCGCACUCCUUCUCCGGUUCCGAGAUUCAGAAUCUCUGGCUCAACAAUCAGCUGCAGGGCUUAUCCGGCGGGAUUGAUGUCUUAUCCAACAUGACGCAGCUCUCCCAAGUUUGGCUGCAAGCCAACGCCUUCUCCGGCGCCAUUCCUGAUUUAUCAAACUGCGUCAACCUCUUCGAUGUGCAGCUCCGUGACAACCGCUUCACCGGUGUCGUGCCGCCGUCGUUGAUGGGCUUGCCGAAGCUCGUCAACAUCACGAUGCAGAACAACAAGCUGCAGGGUCCUUACCCGGUGUUUCCGAGCGGAGUUGUCGCCACGAUCGGAACUACCAACAGCUUCUGCUUGGAUGAGCCAGGCCCCUGUGACCCGCAGGUGACCAUGUUGCUCGACGCCGCCGCAGCGCUUGGCUACCCGAUGCCUUUGGCGGAGUCAUGGGUGGGCAACGACGCUUGCAAAUCGUGGAGGUUUGUCAACUGCGAUUCGCAGGGAAAGACCGUCACGGUCGUCAACAUGGCGAAGCAGGGGUUUUCCGGCAGCAUUUCGCCGGCGUUUUCGAAUCUCACGUCGUUGAGGAAUUUGGUGUUGAAUGAUAAUAACCUAAGCGGUAUGAUUCCUAGUGUUCUUACAGCUCUGCCUCAGCUCCAAACUUUCGAUGUGUCCAACAACAAUUUAUCCGGUGAGAUUCCGGCUUUCCCUCAGUCAGUGAAGUUUUUGUAUGAUAAUAAUGUGUUACUUGGUAAGAAUGUGAGCGACAACGGAGGAGGCGAAGCGCCUAGCACGAACCCCCCACCUUCGUCUAAGCGCUCUGUUUCGGGUGGCCUAAUUGGCGGAGUGGCAGCAGCAGCAGUCGUGUUUUUCAUCCUAGUUGUGUUGUUCGUGUCGUACAAAUGCUAUGUCAAGACACGGAAGAGUACGCUGGGAGACGUAGAGAGGUCAGAGAAGGGGAAGGCACAGAGCAAUAGCAUCAUGAGUAGUAGUGGUGGUGAAAACGGCCCAACCUUGGAAGGUGGAAACGUGGCGAUCUCAAUAGAGGUUCUAAGGCAAGUGACGGACAAUUUCAACCAAGAGAAGGUGCUGGGAAGAGGGGGAUUCGGAGUUGUCUACGGAGGCGAAUUGCCCGAUGGGACCAAGAUUGCGGUGAAACGAAUGGAGGCGGGCGCGAUGGGGACCAAGGGGAUGAAGGAGUUCCAAGCAGAGAUCAGUGUGCUCACCAAAGUCAGGCAUAGGCAUUUGGUUGCAUUGUUAGGUUACUGCAUGAACGAGAGCGAGAGGCUUCUGGUUUACGAGUACAUGCCGCAGGGGACUCUAAGCCAGCAUUUGUUUGAGUGGAAAGAGCUUGGCUUUCAGCAUCUUAAUUGGAAACAGAGGGUCACCAUUGCAUUGGACGUGGCUAGAGGCGUCGAGUAUCUCCACAGUUUGGCGCAGCAGAGCUUCAUUCAUAGAGAUUUGAAGCCUUCCAACAUACUUUUAUCCGAUCACAUGAGGGCCAAAGUCGCGGAUUUCGGUCUCGUCAAGAACGCGCCUGAUGGGAACUAUUCAGUCGAGACGCGUUUGGCCGGAACUUUCGGCUAUCUUGCUCCUGAAUAUGCUGCUACCGGCAGAGUUACGACCAAGGUUGAUGUAUAUGCAUUCGGAGUAGUUUUAAUGGAGAUUAUUACGGGCCAAAAAGCACUAGAUGAGACCGUCCCGGAAGAAAGGUCUCAUCUAGUGACAUGGUUCCGCAGGGUUCUCGUGAACAAUGAUGCCCUGCGGAAGUCCAUAGACACAAUUCUUGAACUUGAUGAUGAGAUUUACGAGAGCAUUUGCAAGGUGGCCGAAUUGGCAGGGCAUUGCACUGCUCGUGAGGCGUCCCAGAGACCGGACAUGGGACACGCUGUCAAUGUCUUGGGACCCCUCGUCGAGCGGUGGAAGCCUUCGAGGCCUGAGGAAGACGACAGUUAUACCAUCGAUCUCGACAUGAGUCUUCCUCAAGCCCUUGAGAGAUGGCAACACGAGGAAGGAACUUCUAGAAUGUUCCAUGAUUCAUCGUACAGCCAGACACAGUCGAGCAUCCCUGGGAAGCCAUUCGACACAUUUAGCUCCACGGACUGUAGAUGAUAUAUCUUGUUUAAUUUCGAGUUACUACUAUUUAUACAAGUUUGCAAAUUGUAUUCAAUUCAUUCUUUCCCGGUCACAAAUUGACUUGUACGUAUUAAUUUGUAGUACUUCUUUUGUUUUGAUAUGAUGUAUUAAAUUCAUUGGUUUCGAGCUCAA